GUCUGAAGAAUAAGAAAUAGAGUGAGUAGGCAUGCUUGUAAAGCAAGGGGGAAAGAAAACAAAAAUCAGGAUCUUGGGAGUACAGAGAGUUGGAAGGAGGAUUCGUCCUUUCCCAUAAUUUCUUGGGAUUUGGAUUUGUUACUUUAUUAUAGAGACAGUCUAGAGUAUUCGAUUUGAUCUUGCUGCUGCUCCCUUUCCCUUUGCUAUCUAUCUGGGAUUCGCGGGUGAAUUUGAUUUAGGGUUUAGUUGGGAUUGGGACUGGGAAUGUGAUGGUCGGCGAAGAUGGUGUUCAAAUCGAAGAUAAAAUGGGUGGCUCUUUUUGUGCUGCUUUUAUCCUUGGCAUCGUUGCUUCGGCACCUCUCUAUGGCCAAGUAUCCGACUGUGGAUUUAGUCCAGUAUAGUGCAUUGACCGCAUUUCAUAACGAUUUCGAUUCUUUAUUAGGAACACAAAGACAGAGAAUUCCCAAUAGGAAGCUCUGGGCGGCUGUCAAGCCCUUGCAGUCUCUGCAGCCUUAUGCCAACCCUCGAAGCAACUAUCCUGCUCCAAAUGAACACACCACUCGCUUUAUUUACGCUAAAAUAUUCGGUGGAUUUGCCAAGAUAAGAUCUUCGAUCUGUGAUCUGGUCACCAUAUCCAGGCUUCUAAAUGCUACUCUUGUCAUUCCAGAGAUUCAAGAAAGCACUCGCUCAAAGGGCAUCAGUACUCGUUUUAAGAGUUUCUCAUAUCUCUAUGACGAGGAGCAAUUUAUUGCAUCUCUCAAAAAUGACAUAAUCGUUGUGAAGAGCCUGCCCGAUAAUCUCAAGGCUGCAAGGAAAAGGAAUGAAUUCAAAACUUUUAGACCCAAGAAUUCAGCUUCUCCUAAUUAUUAUAUCAAAGAAGUCCUACCAACGCUGAAGAAAUCCAAGGUUGUUGGCUUGAUUCUUGCUGAUGGUGGAUGUCUGCAGUCAAUCCUUCCGCCAAGCAUGGCUGAGUUUCAAAGGCUUAGAUGCAGGCUUGCGUUCCAUUCACUCCAAUUUAGGCAAGAAAUUAAAAUUCUUGGACAGCGGAUGGUGGAGAGGUUACAUGCAUGGGGCCAACCUUUCCUAGCAUUUAAUCCUGGUUUAUUGAGAGAAACCUUGGCAUAUCAUGGUUGCGGUGAACUUUUUCAGGAUGUUCACACUGAACUCAUACAAUAUCGAAGGGCUCAAAUGAUUAAGCGGGGAGUUGUUAAGGAAGAACUAAGUGUAGAUUCACACUUCCGCAGAGAAAAUGGUUCUUGCCCGCUUAUGCCUGAAGAGGUUGGUAUUCUACUUCGUGCAAUGGGAUAUCCUCCUAAAACAAUCAUAUAUCUGACUGGUUCUGAAACAUUUGGGGGUCAACGUAUUCUAGUUCCUCUGCGUGCCAUGUUUGCCAACUUAGUAGAUCGCACUUCUUUGUGCACAAAUAAAGAACUCUCUGAUUUACUAGGGCCUGAAACACCUCUUCCUCUUAAUCCUUAUCAACCACCUCCAGCAAAAAGUGUGGAGCAGCUUAAGGAAGAAUGGAAGAGAGCCGGUCCUAGGCCUCGUCCUCUUCCUCCACCUCCAAGUAGACCUAUCUAUCAGCAUGAAAAAGAAGGUUGGUAUGGUUGGAUUACUGAGAAUGACACUGAACCAGAGCCUUCAAAGGUGGAGCUAAGGAUGCAAGCACAUAGACUACUUUGGGAUGCUCUUGAUUAUAUUGUUGCAGUGGAAUCAGAUGCAUUCUUUCCUGGUUUUCACAAUGAUGGCAGUGGGUGGCCCGAUUUUUCAAGCUUGGUCAUGGGACACCGUUUAUAUGAGAUUGCUUCUUCGAGAACAUACCGACCAGACAGGAAAGUUGUAGCAGAACUUUUCAACAUGACCAGGGACAAUAUGUACCACCACAAGCAUAAUUGGAUACUCUCGGUACAGGAACAUCUUAACAAAAGCUUGGGUGAGGAGGGCCUAAUUAGGCAAUCGCUUUUCUCGAAACCAACAUCAUUCAUUUCACACCCACUCCCGGAAUGCUCUUGUAGAAUAUCUUCUGCCGAGUCUUCAGUUCAUUUAAAAGGUAAUGAUGGCCGAGUUGUAUAUGGAGGGGAAGAAGAGUGCCCCAAAUGGAUGCAGCAGCAUGGUCAAGAAGUUCCAGCCCAGUCAACUGGGGAAGAAGUGGGUAAAUCAGAUGACAAUGAAUCAUCAGACUAUGGAAAUAUUGUGGUUGAAGAACCAGAAUCAAAUGACGACAGAACUAAUGUGACUCUAGUUUUUGAUCAGGAUGAUGAAAUGGAUCCAAAUGACUAAAUUUUGUAGUUACAGAUGAUACAGCUUCCAUCAUAUGACGAUAAAGAAGAAUUCAGUUUGCAACAUUUUCUGAAAUGGGGAGUUUUGGAGAUAGAGGAUAACAUCAUGGUUCCGUCUUUUCCAUUUAAGAGACAUUGGUAUUCAUAUAUAUUCUUUGGGUCAAUUCUUGGGUUUUUUUAUAGCAACAGAAAGGAGUUACCUUCAUACAAAUGAGUGGGAAAAGAUCAACGCACUUUGGCUAGCUGAUCAGAGUAUGUACAUCUUUACUCUUUACCGUUUUUUAUGUUUUUGUUUUUCAGUCAUAGGAAAAGUCCUAGAUCAGCCACCACUGUAAUUUUUUAUAUUUUUUAUACAGAACAAGUGAGAACUACACUGAAUCAGUCAUUGCGAAUCUUUUGGUCAUUACUUUGUUCAACUUUUAUUAUUUACCAAUAAUAUUAUUUGUUGAUAUUGA